GGUGGUUGUCAUGGCGGCGGGUCUGCGCGGUAAAUAACGUAAACAAAGGCAGAGAAGGCGACGUUGCGAGCGUUCUUCCGAGGCGCAGGAGCCAAGAUGCCGCAGAAGAAGAAGGAGUCACUCGGAGGGGAAAAACCGGGCCAGGAAGUGCACGCAGACCACGAACUUUUCCUCCAGGCCUUUGAGAUGAACACCCCUUCCGAGAUGCUUGAACUUGAGGAGAGGGAUGUUCUGUGCCAGUCUCAACAGUGUACUAGUCAGCCAAUGCCCCCUGACACACACAGAGUUGCUUACAUAAAACAGCCCAUCUUUCUGCAAAGGACGCUCUACUACAUGCGAGGUCGGAUGAGCCGAAGCCACAAGAACCGGAUGACCUUCAAGCUGGAUGGACUCUUGGAGAAGGUGACGCAGAAGAGUGAGAGGCAGGGGGACAGGCCGGCCAGCUACCUCAACAUUGCCUUCACCGGUUUCCACGACGACAAGUUGGAGGGCAUGUCUGGGGAUGUCGCUCGUGUCGAAACCUUCAUAGUCAAGAUGUGCCACAAGAAGCGUAAGGAGUCGUCGGCCCCUCUCAUGCAGGUGUCGGUGGGUACGCAGGACGUCAGCAUCAACCCCAUGGACACCAGCGGCGGCGGCAGCGGGGGGCGGUGUCCAGCGAGCCUAAGCAUUCCGACCCAUAACUUCACCUGGAGCAACGGACACCAAGUCAAGUCUUACGUCCUGGUGUUCAGAGUCACCCUCGUACAUGACCAGGAGAAUGCCGGCGAGCCUCUGAUGAAACGUCGCCGCGUCAGUCGCAGCUCUUCACAGGACGCACAGGAAGCCAACAUUGCCAACAACAACACCAGCCACACCCCAAACAACAACAACAACAACACCAACAACGCCACAACACCCACGCAGAACGGAGACGCGCAGAACGGUGGCAUGGGCUCAACCUACUGCGGAGAGCUUGUGAUGUUCGACCGCCACGGACGUUCGCUGCUCACCCCAGGCCAUUACGAACUCAUGCUAGAACUCCAGGCCCCAGGGGAGGAAGGGGAGGGGGACGCGUUACCCCUGUGCCGAUCCAGCCCCAAGAAAGCCGCAGGGUGGGAGACGAUCAACACCCUAAAGCUGGACGGGAUUUUUAACCACAUGCCGAUGCUAAAAUUCACAUUGACUUGGACCAGUGAGACGUCCAGCCCCGCCCCGGAACGCCCCCGCCUCCAGCCCCUGAAGCCCCUGGAUGUGGUGCUUGCGAACAGUACCUCCACCAAGCCCCGACCUCAGGGAGUGGCCAGCCCCGAGGCCCCGCAGCUUGUGUUAUAUCAGUUCGUCUACAACAACAACAGCCGGCAACAGACCGAGGCCCGCCGAGACUUCCACUGCCCCUGGUGCUCGCUCAACUGCAUGGCACUCUACUCCCUCCUCAAGCACCUCAAGCUCUGCCAUGCCCGCUUCUCCUUCACCUACGUUCCACACCACAAGGGCGCUCGCAUCGAUGUCGCCCUCAAUGAGUGCUACGACGGAUCCUACGCCGGCAACCCCCAGGACCUCGUGGCUCUCCCGGCGGGCUGUGCGUUCUCCCGGUCCGGCCCCACGCGACGCACCCCCACAACCUCGGUCCUGGUGUGCCGCCCAAAGAGACCGAAGCCUUCCCUCUCGGAGUUCUUGGAGCAGGACGAUGAUUUUGACCUCCCGCGCUCUUACAUCCUGGGUCACAAUAGGCUGUACCACCACACCAUGACCUGCCUGCCCAUUCAGCCACACGAGUUGGACGAGGACAGCGAGGGCGAACACGACUCUGAGUGGGUGCGGACCAAGACGCAGAUGAUGAUUGACGAGUUCUCCGACGUCAACGAGGGCGAGAAGGAGCUGAUGAAGAUGUGGAACCUGCACGUCAUGAAGUACAACUUCGUCGGGGACAGUCAGAUCCCGUUGGCGUGCAGCAUGUUCCUGGAGACUCACGGGGCCGAGCUGCUGCGGAAGAACCUCUAUCGCAAUUUCGUGCUCCACAUGAUCUCCCUGCACGACUUUGGCCUCAUCGGAACGGGGGUCGUGUACCGCUGUGUCCUGCAGCUGCAACGCAUGAUGCAGGACCCCUCAAUACAGAAGCAGCUGGCGGCCGGGUGGGAGGAACAGCGACGCUCAGCCAAGAAGCUUUUCGCAGCGCACUUGGGACGAGGCAGAGGUGGAGCGGCAGCAGUGGUCAAACAAGAGUCCUCCCAUAGCUCCGCCUGCUCCUCACCUUCCUCCUCUUCCUCCUCCUCCUCCUCCUCUUCCUCCUCCUCCUCCUCUCUCUCAGUCAACGGUGCCUGGCUGUCGGAGAACAAAGGAUAUUCCGGCAAAAGCAAAUGACAUGGACACCAAAUGUACCGUUCAGUGAGGACACUCAGGAUAGCCCAGUACAAACGCCUUCUAGUGAGCCCCGCAGACCAGGCACGGAGCGGCCCCCCCACCCCCCGCCCUGCUCCAGCCCCCUGCCCCAUGCCCCCUCUCUCCUGCCAACACCCCGACCCUCCCCCAUGACUACUGCCAGUAAGCAACAACACCGAGGAGUUGUGACGGUGUUGUGGGGUGUUGGCGCCCUUUUGUAGUGUUGCAGUGUUGGCCGGUGUAAGUCUUGUGUGUAAGUGGGUGGUGUAAGUAGACUGUGUAAGUGGUGUGUGAGUGGUCUUGUGUUACUGACAAGGUGUGUGUGUGUGUGUGUGUGUGUGUCUUGUUUACCAACCUAACCUAGCCUUACUGUACCUUACCUUGCCUAACCUAACCUUACCUUGUGUAACCUUACCUAACCUAACCUUACCUAAUCUUACCUAACCUAACCUUACCUAAUCUAACCUUAUCUUACCUAACCUUACCAUGCCUUACCUUACCUAACAAUACCUUGCCUUAUCUUACCUAACCUAAUCUAACCUAACCUUACCUUACUUAACCUUACCUAACCUAACCUUCUUUAAUCUAACCUAACCUUACCUAACCUAACCUAACCUUACCUUACCUAAUCUUACCUAACCUAACCUAACCUUAUCUAACC